AAAACGUCAACGUCACCGAUCGUUCGAUUUCGAUUUAACGCUUUUCGCUUUUGUAAUCAUCUUCAAACCUACUAGUGAUAUUAACGUUUGUUUAUUUAUGUAUUACAUGUGGUAAUAGGAAAUACUAGUUAGCAAUAAAGCUGCGAAUAUGCCUUUAUGACGCCCUAUAACAAUAAGUGAGACUAAAAUGUCUAAAGCGGUGAUUAUUCCGGGUUGCAACAAAGACAUCGGGGGCAUGAAAGAAGAAAUAUCGCUAUCACCACCUGACAGAAAGGAUGGGGCUAUUGGCUUAUUUAGUCGACUUUUGCGCCUGGAUACCUUGAGCAAAAAACAUAGUGCACCUGAUAGUCCUAUUGCUUCCGAACCACAUACAAUAUAUUAUGGAGUCUACAUACCAUGUGAAAUUAAAAAAGGUCCUGAUGAAGAAGCUUUACAUGUAUAUAAGAAUAAAUCUGAGGCAUUGGAGCUUGUGCGGCGGUAUAAGUCGGCAAGAUUCAAGAUGUUCAGGAGUCAUCAAGAUGCAGUUUCCUUUGCAUUGAGAGGUGCUGAACCGACAGACACACAUGACGGAAAUAGUAACUCCUUGAUGGGAGAAAAGCCGUAUCCAUUUAAAGCGCCCUCGCCUCAAGACAUGGUGGCCUUACGUAAGUCAAUCGAAGCGGGACUGGCGAGCUCAGUCCGCGAUAGGAUAUGGGAUAAUCCGCGAUAUCUCGUCAGCAGUGGUAACACACCGUCUAUUAUGCAGGAAGGCUCGCGGUACAACGCGUUACACAUCGCAGCAAAAGCAAUGAAUGCGGAGAUUUGCAAUUUGAUUUUGACAACGGUUGGUAAUCCUGCUUUCGUACAGGCCCUGUACGGGAUGGAUGCGGAGCCUGAAUCUUGUAAGGAGUUCUCAUCGAUCCUAGUGGAUCGAUACCUCAAUACCCCGGACAAGGCGAUGAAUGAGACGCCGCUUCACUUUGCCGCCAAAUUCGGCGCCGAGGCUGUAGUUGACGUGCUCACUUCUUUCCCGCAGUGCAACAGAUAUGCCACCAACAAGUACGGCGAGCAGCCCAAGGACAUAAUCUGCGCUCGCGCUUCGAACGCGGCGCCGGAAGUGGCGCGCAGCAUCGGCGGCAUGCUGCAGGAGCGCUUCUACGUGCCCGUGCUGCACGCCGACGACGAGAGCGCCGCGCCCACCAUCGGCCUGCCCUUCACCCCCGCGGCCCCGCCCGAGAUCAACAGCGACCCGCUGAGUCCGCGGUACGAGAUCCGUGCGUUCGCGGGCCCCAUGGCGGCGCGCGACGCGGACUCGUUCCGGCGCCGCUGGAAGACGCCGCCGCGACACACCUUCCGCCUCGCCGACACCGCCAAGGGACUCGAGGCCGUCGGCAGGAGUCUGGCGGAACAACUGAAAGUGGGCUGGAAGGAAUACUGGCCGUUCUUAGACACCUUCACAGAUCUUCGUACUCAUGAAGGCUUAACACUCUUAGAAAAUUAUCUCAAAAGUAAAUACGAGUGCGCCUGCUCCUUUGCAUACAGCGAUAGUUGCGCACAAUCACAACACUCGCCUGACGAUCUAUCUUUAUCUAGAAUAAGCUUAGGCAACCUAUCACAAAAUAGUCCUAGCAAAGACUCACCGCUGAGCCCCAUUUCGGAUUUGUGUGCAGCAAUGAAAACCUGCAAAAUAUCCUCGGAGAGGCCGCCUCAUUGGAAGAAGACCGAUCCGAUCAAGCAACGGCUCUGCAGACAGCCCAACCUGAAGGCAAUUACCGUAACAAACGGAGACACAGCGCCACCUAUCAACCACACGGUCAACCAACUGCUGUGCAUCGAAAGAACGUGCCAAGUUUUCGCGAAGAGGAUAGCAGACGCGUUGGUGUUCUCCCUCACAGCGGAACCGGAAGUCGCUGGGGACUCUCUGAAAUCAGAAGCGAAACAUUUGCAGCACACAAUGUACACUUAUAUGGACGACGAGAGGUUCCAGAAGAUUAACUUUGCACUAAUACAUUCUCGGUUGGCUCAGUUGGUCGUGUUCAAACUCAAGCAGCAAACGAAAGAACUUGACGACGUCAAUAACCUGGUGGAGUUCCUGGUGAAACUGAGGUGUCCUAACGAUGACAUAUUCAGCUCCGACGACGAACGGAAACCGUUUACGUACCGAAACAAAGUGAGGACGACACACGUGAUAGACGAUCACGUAAGGUGUUUAUCUAGUUUCAUAUGCGAGGAAAUAACGGAGACCGACGAGACAAAGGGGCCGGCGGUCUCAGAGACCGAGUGCUCGGAGAUCUGGGAGAGGGCGAGCAAAUGUCGCUGCGAUUGGAAGAUAGAGGCGUUCGAGAGGAACAGUAAAAAGAACGCGUCGUUCAGGAAAAACAGAUCGACAUUGUCCACGAGCCCGAAAAGUGAAAGUUUUAUUAGGAGGCUGAUAUUUGAUCAAGAUAUUGGCGAUGGUAAAGUACAGACAAACGAAGUGGUAUGCCCAGUGAACGUAAAUUCGCCAGCUGGGGACAGCAGUCCUGCGCUUUAUACUGUCAAUAUGGCAAAGUGUGAAGUUGUAGAAGCUGAGAUAUCAGACGACGACUCAGUGGCUUCCUGCCAGUCGGAUAGCGAGGAGGCCUAUCUCACUGCCUCGGAGCUCUCCGAUCACUCUGACGCCGGUAAAGAAGAUGAGGACAAACUAGAGGAUGCCAGUGAUCGGGCAUUGGUGGAACCUUUUAUAUAUGGUGAGGAACCGACAAAAAUGGACCGAUUGGUGUAUGAAGCGAUAUUGCAAAGUGAUGUUCCGCUGGAGCAAUUUCCCAACGUGUACAGGUGGCGGCACACCAUCUCACUGUACUCACCUAAAGAGAGAGAGAAGUGGCAGCCAGGGCCAGGGCUGAAUGAGAGUACAACGCAUGCCUCACUAUCGCUGGCGAGUAGUCCUUGUGCGAGCAGUCCUUUUGUGAGCAGUCCUUUUGCGAGCAGUCCUUUUGUAGUCAGUCCUUGUUCGCGAGUGGGACGUGCGAGGUCGCGGUUGUCUGGUCGUUGCAGUACGCCAAACAAGGAACAAGAUGACGACUCUGGCAGGUCACUGCCUCUACAGGUUUCGAACUGGCUUCGCGUCACUGGGCCAAAUUCACCUCGCUCGGCUACGGCAACCAAAAACAUGGGCCAUAAUGUUAGCUUUGGUUUCUGAGAUAUGUAUUUCUCACAGUACACUGCUCCAAGAAAUAACAGAAACGCGAAAUUGACAUUGUUAUUUACAUAAUAAAGUCGUGGUCGCCUUAAAGUUCAUAACAUUAACAAAUAUAUUUCAUUUGAAUUGUAGUUAAAAUUAUUGUGAAUUAUAUCGAUGAAUAAUUAAUUGUACCUAUAUUAGUUUAACGGAUUUUUUAUUGCAACUUGUACUAUAUUAAUAUUGAUAGGAUUUGAUUGAUUGAUAAUAUUUCAGAUAACAUCAAAAACAAUUGUAGAGUUGAAUGCGAUUAUGGUGCCUAUGUAUAAUAGAUACAAGUUUCCACAAUAUGCGAAUAUUUUGUGUACUCUCUUAUAUCGACCAAAAUAUAUGCAUUUAUGUUGGCGAAUAUUCUCACAUUUUCUGGAAUCUAAGUGCUUAAAGUAUGUUUCUACUAACUGUAACCAUGGAAUAGAAAUAAUUUUAAAACAACAGCAGAUUUUUGUUGCUAUAAUGUCUUUAUAGAAUCUGUUUGAAUAUAUCACCUAAUCUUCCAUUUAAAUUCGUUGUGAAAUAAACAAAGGUUGUUUCUAUGACAUACAGCAAUUAGUGGGAGUGAGAAAUAUUGUGAAUUUGGUUUGCUUUGAUAUUAUCCAUUUUAAAACUAUUACAUUUUAAACCACUUUGCUGAAAUCAUAUGGUUAUCAUAGUUUGUUAGCUCUCAAUGUAUUAUAUGUAUGUUGUGUUCAUGUAAUAAUCUCAUUUUUAUAUUUUAUAUGUUAGGUAUCUAACAUAAACAUUAAGACAUUGUUCAAUGUAAUUAAUUGUUAGUUAUAUUUCGUUUUUGCAUUUGUAAAUGAUUCCACAUUGUUUUAUUUUGCAAGUAUUUGACAAUAAACACCGUUCACUGCGUUGAUUUGCAUUUAUAGUUUAACAAUAUUGUAUGUCAUAUAUUAUUGUGAUAUUUGCCAAAAGUUAAUAAUCGAACGUUGCACAGAGAUAUACAUUUACGAAUGUUUGUACUUUUAUAUCUAAAUGAGAAAAUAAAAGAAAUAUGUAAAAAAAGUAUGUUUUAUAUACGUUUUAAUUCACAUAAAUAUUAGAAAAAUAAAUUAUGACUGGCAUAUUCUUUGGUUUUUUUGGUAACUGUAAUUUAAUCCCAAAAGUUAUCGUCUUCGGAGGUCUUGGGGAGGGAGAUGGGGGAAUUUUCUAACAUUGAAUGACUAUUGUAGUUGUCAACGUCAGCGGAAAAAUCGUCAGGGUAAUCUUUCUGAUCUUCAUCAGUCUCAUUUAAGGAUUCAAGUCCAUCUUGAGAGUUGACUAAAUCUACAUUAACACUGGAUGCACCUUUAGCGGAUUCUGUUUGAAAAAUAGCAUUUAAAGUGUCAUUUUUAGAGUGAUGGGCGACUAGCUUUGGGGAAGGACUGCUAAUAGACUUGUUGGGAGAUUUUUCUUCAUUAUUUUCUUUUAGGCUCGUAAGGAACUCUUUCGUGGGUGCAAUUUUUAUUGAAUCAUCCGGUGAAUUUGGUAUACUAGACUUUCUACCAGACUGCUCUUCUAACAACAAAUCUUUAAUUUCAUUAAUGAUUAUACUUCUAUCUGGUUCAGUGUCUACUGGUUUCCUAGGACUAUUUAUUUUGGGACUUAAUACUAUUGUCAUUGGCACAUGCUUUUCCAUAUUAUCUUGUGAUAUUAACUCCUGGGUAUCUAUUGAACUUUGUACAACAAUCAUUAAAUCAUCUUGUGAAUCUGGUGUUUUAAUAUUUCUUGUUUGUGUUACACUUUCUACUUCAACCUUGAGUAUAUUUUUGUUAGUAUCCAAGUGCAAUUCGUCAUGAAUUUGUUUAGCAGAUGUUUCACUUAUAUUAUGUUCUUUUAACGUUUUUGAUUCAACCAUUUUGUUUUCCGUACAUUCUUUUAAUUCUUCGGUUGCCUUCAUUUUGGGAUGAUCGGUAAUUUCAGCAUUCUUAUCAAUACAAAUAUCGGAGGGGGGUUUGAACUGGGCAUUUUCCAUUUUAUCCUGCUUAGUUUCAUAGCUAUCUGAAACAGGGGGGGACCUUGGUUUUGAAAUAUCUGUUCUAGCUUUUUUAUGAGGUUUUGGAUUAUGGUACAAUUUUCUGAAUUCCGUUAAUGGUGCCUCUAAAUAAUUCACAUUUUGUAAAUUAUUUUGAAUUCUGUUUGCGUCAUCCAACUCUUUAUCCAAGUUGAUAUAUGCAUCUGGUAUCGGCUUAACCUUAACAGCCGUAGUAUUUUUAUUGGCAAAAUGCGGCUCCAUAAAAUUAUAUUUAGUUUGAUAUUCCCUGAGAUAUUUAUCGAAAUCUUUUUUUAAAGCCUCCUUUGUUACCUCUAUAUACUUAUUUUCAUCUUUGGUAUUGACAUUUUUAUGUUGUUUGUGAAAGGAACUGCUGUACAGGAUGUCUGAAACAAAAAGUAGUAGAUUAUAAAUUGCUAAGGAGCGAGUAAUAACAGUGAGUUGAAGAAGCUAUGCACGACCUCUAUUAUUUCGAAAAGAGUCUUACAUGCAGGAAAAAAACAAUUCCUUUUUUUCAUACUCAUAUAUAUUGUGUGUGUAAACCCCGACGCAAGGUAAUUUUAUCAUUACAUUUUUGACUUCCACAACAUUAGAGGUAUAUUUUAAUGCUGUGCAAGGAUCACGGAACAAGGCACUUAGAUCCGAAAACCAAUUAUAUGUUUUAACAUAAAAUUUAGGUUACGACAAAUAUUAAAAGACAAAACUUAUUAAAACGGGUUGCGAAAAUAUUUUAUAACUACUGUAUGAAGCAACAAAGCUUUUUAGUUUAGUGGUAGGGCUGCCGAAAAGGGCAGUGCACAUACUGGUCCCGGACUGAAGGGUAAGGGAGUCAGUUUAUCAGAUGUGACAUCUCAUCUGCAGCCUGGUUUGAAGUUAAUGGAAAGCGCCUAGAUGCUACAAUAUUCAAACCAUCAGGAAUGGAACAGAAUAUAAUUUUUUUUUCAAUAUUGAUUAUUUCACAAUACUUAAUGAAAGUCAUUUUUUAUUUACUACUGGCUCGAAAAAUACUUCUGUCCUGAGAAGAACCAACAAGAAACCGACCGGGACUCUUUUUUAAUUCAUAUUUCACUUUACAAUAAUUUUGUUUGUACAAUUUUUAAAUGAAUUUUCAUAGAAUCAGCAUGUUGGCGAUCACGUCAUUUCCCGGGGGUAUUUUCAUUCUAAUAUUCCUUGAUAUUAUAUUUUCUUUAAUAAAAUUAACUUGUUUAUUGACAAACUUUGAACAUGUUCUGGAAUUUUAUUGUAAAAGCGUUUUGUUGUAUACAUUGCCCCAUACAUUAAUUACUGAUUCUGUGAAGUCUAGUAACUGCCAUUACAAGCUUAUGUUUGUUGCUAGUGUUUAAAGUAUGAACAUCCUUAUUCUUAUCACAGCUAUUUAUGUUUUUAUGCACAUACAUUACAUUUUCAUAAAUAUAUUGCGGUGCCAAAGU